CUCGCGCUCAGACGCUGCUGCCGAGCUCACGCGCUUCACACACGGACGAGGUUCCUCUGACCUGCACAGACACCCGGGGCUGGGAGAGGAACCGAGGAGGAACUCAGGCGCUCGUGUUCGGAGCACGAUGGAGUCGGAGAUGUUGAGUGGAAGAAACUCCAAGCGCAGCGUGUCUCCGUGUACACGCACCAAAGUGUCUCUGAUCACACUCGUCUGUUUCUGUCUUGCUCUGAUAAUUGCUGUCAUUGCAGUUUCGCAGAAAUCCACCAGUGAGGAUUUCUGUCUCACGCCCGAGUGCAUCGAAGCAGCCGGCUCCAUCCUUAGUAAGCUGGACACCAGUGUCAACCCGUGCGAUGAUUUCUACCAGUAUGCAUGUGGAGGCUGGCUCAGAGAUCACCCCAUUCCGGAAGAUUCCUCCAGCUACGGGAUCUACCCCUGGCUCCGGCAGAACGUGGACCUUAAACUCAAAGAGCUGCUGGAACAGCCCACGGCGAUGGGAGACAUCGAGGCAGUGAAGAAGGCUAAGAUGUUGUACCGCUCCUGCAUGAACGAGACUGCCAUCGAGCUGGUGGACUCCAAGCCACUGCUGAAGGAGCUGAAGAAGCGUGAGUUUCGCUGGCCCGUCCUGGGUGAAGUUCUUGGUACUGACAUGCAGUGGGACCAGAAAAAGUUUGACCUGCUCCAGACGCUGGCUCAGAUCCGCACUCAGUACAGCAAAUCCGUCCUGCUGCGGCUCUACGUCUCGCCUGACGAUAAGAACUCCCAGGAGUACAUCAUCAAGUUUGACCAGGCGUCCUUGGCUUUAUCCAGAGAUGAUUACAUCACCAACAGCGCUGCAGCACAAGCAAACCGAGAGGCUCUCCUGAACCUUAUGGUGGGCGUGGCCGUCAUGCUGGGAGCCAAUGAGCAGGAGGCUGAGUCUCAGAUGAAAGCGGCGCUCGACUUUGAGAUCAAACUCGCUCAGAUUAUGAUUCCGUAUGAGAACCGAACCAGUGAGAGCAUGUACAACAGAUACAGUCUGUCCAAACUACAGCGCUCCAUCCCUGAGUUUAACUGGCUGACGUUUGUCCGCGCAGUGAUCGACUCUAAGCUCUAUCCGGAUCUCUCCGUCUCGUCCUCGGAGCAGGUGAUCGUUCGCGCUCCUCAGUACCUGAAGGAUCUCUUCCGGCUGGUGAACGUGACAGAGAGCAGGACGGUGGCUAAUUACGUGGUGUGGAGGUCCAUCCUGUCUCGAGUGACCACGCUGAGCCGACGCUUCCUCUACAAGUACCUCGACUUCGCUCGAGUGACGACGGGAACGACGUCUCUGACGCCUCGCUGGGACAAGUGUGUGAAUUACGUGGAAAGCACCUUAAUGUACGCCGCCGGACGCCUGUUCGUGGAUAAGCACUUUCAGGAAGAUAAAAAACACAUGAUGGAAGAACUGAUUGACGGCAUCCGCUGGGCGUUUAUUGACAUGCUGGAGAAAGAAAAUGAAUGGAUGGAUGCAGAAACCAAGAAGAGAGCCAUAGAGAAGGCGCACGCGGUUCUGCCUAAAGUGGGAUAUCCAGACUUCAUCCUGAACAACACCUACAUCAAUGAGAACAUCAAACAGUUGUCGUUUUCAGAGAAGGACUAUUUUGGGAAUGUCAUGCAGACGUUGCGUUUCAUUGCUCAGUCGGACAUCGGCUGGCUCAGAACCUCGGUUCCACGCACAGAGUGGUUCACGAGCCCGACGACUGUGAACGCUUUCUACAGCACCUCCACCAACCAGAUCAGAUUUCCAGCAGGAGAACUUCAGAAGCCAUUCUUCUGGGGCCUGAACUAUCCUCGGUCGUUGAGUUACGGAGCGAUCGGCGUGAUCGUCGGACACGAGCUCACACACGCUUUUGAUAACAACGGGCGGAAAUAUGACAAAAAUGGGAAUCUGAGCCAGUGGUGGAGCGACGCUUCAGUCACUAACUUCAACCAGGAGGUCCAGUGCGUCAUCGACCAAUACAACGACUACUUCUGGGAGGAGGCGGAGCUUAAAGUAAACGGGAAGAGAACGCUGGCAGAGAACAUCGCUGAUAACGGAGGAAUCCGAGAAGCUUUCAGGGCGUACAGGAGGUGGGUGCAGAAGGAAAGGUCAGGAGUCGAGGAGCCGUUAUUACCAGGACUGGGUCUGAAUAACAAUCAGCUCUUCUUCCUGAGUAACGCUCAUGUUCGUUGUAACAGUUACAGACGCGAAGCAGCUCGAGAUCAGAUCCUCAGUGGGUCUCACAGUCCUCCUAAAUACAGGGUCAUCGGUGCUAUGAGUAACUUUGAAGAGUUCCAAAAGACCUUUAACUGCCCUGCGACGUCAAUCAUGAACAGAGGGGAUGCGACAUGCCGGGUAUGGUAGCACUGCAGAUCAUGUCAAGCUCAGAGUUUUUGAACAUGGGCCAAACCUCGACCAAUGAACCACGCCACAGUGUUCUAACCCGAAUCAGGCCCUCUGUGGACCACUCUAUCUCCAGUUCUCCUCCACUGGAACCACGUUUUACAUGUCGUCUUCUUCUCUUCACCACGGCCUCCUGAUCUCUGCUGUACAACAAACUGGAACAAGUUUUUGGAAUCUGAAUAUACUGCAAAUGAGAUCCAUCCUCCACAGUUCUUCUUCCUCCACUCAUGUAGAAGAUUUCAUGGUUCUGUGUGGGACCCAACCCCAUACCUGUAAAACCUUUUUGGAAAGGUAUAAACAUUAUUUUUUUAAGCAUAACCUUGAAAUUUUAGCUCCUAAGAAGAACCUGACUGUUUCAGGUAGGAUUUCUUACAUCUAAUUAACCUAAGUUGCCCAAAUUCAUUGGCUAGGAUUCUGCACAAGACAUUAAAGGUUCUACCAAAUGGUGGAUGUAUAAGUAUUAUAGAUAAGUCUUUAAAGGAUUACAUUUUGAAUGCUUGAGGGUUUUCUUGGGGUUCCUCUGGAGAACGCUUAAAUGUUACAUGUGGAAUCCUACAGUAGCAUGUUUUUCUCCCAGAAAAGCUCAAGGAAGAAACAUUUAAGACCAUUUAUUUUUAAAUCUAACUAGGUAGUUACAUUUCUGAGAACUUAGUUAGCCAGAUUAGUUAGCUGUUUAGGGUUCCACGCAGGAUAUCCAUAGAUAUAUUAUUGAAUGAUGAGUUUCUAUUUUAUUAAAUUUUUUGCCUGGAAGUGUGGUAUGGCUUUUGCAUUUAAAAACAAAUUAAAUUUAGAACCCUUAAGUGUACUAUUGGUGUUCUUUGAAAAGUAAAAAAAAAAACCCUACAGUCAGGCUCAAAAUUAUUUAAACAAACAACCUCCGUUUACAGUGAAGUCAAGACUUUCAGCUUUAAGUAAAGGGGUUUGACAAAAGUGUGGCAUUACUUAUUUAGGAAUUGCAUCCAUCUUCAUUCACACACACACACA